UUGAUUUCUCAAUGAGGAAGUAGAUUUAAUGUUUAUAAAUUAUUUUCUGUUUCGGUUUUUAAAUAAUUAUUAAUACAGCAAUGUAAAAAUCAGAUUUCAGUCAACCAUUAAAGACAAGGAAUUUCUAGGUUUUAAAAGGACGGAGAGGAAGGGAAGAAUGCUUCGCGGCCUACGGGUAGUGAGAGGUCCAGACUGGAAACAUGACAACCAAGAUGGCGGGCAUGAUCACGUAGGUACCGUGGUUGCCGAACAGGGGGAUAACACUGUGAAGGUUAAUUGGGACAUGGGCGACUCAUCAAUAUGUAAAGCAGAGGACGGAAAUCAUGAACUAAAAAUAUUUGACUCUGCAAGUAUAGGAGUAACUCAUCCUAAUAUAGCAUGUGUAGGAUGUGAGGAGGUGUGUAUUUUAGGGACUUUGUGGAAAUGUUCUACUUGUCAAAAUACAAACCUGUGUUCCCUCUGUUACCAUGACGACAAACAUGAUGCAACACACACGUUUUUGAGAAUCGACUUUCCUGGAACGGAACCGAGGAGCGGGAAACGAAGGAAUAGUUGAAGACGUCCUAAACUUUGGUCAAGACGCCUCGGAUAGGAACGCUGUUAGAGUUCGUUGGAACAAAGGCAACACAGGGAUUUACAGGUUAGGUUACCAAGGCAACGUAGAUCUGGCGUGUACUGAGGAGGCUCCUGGUGGUUCAUUUUAUCCCGAACAUCUUGCUGCACUCGAUUUAGCUACACAUAUUCUUUGGAAGAAAUCCGUUGACGUCUUAUGUAUUGGAGACACAGUUUGUGUGGAAAUGACGUCAGAACAAUUAAAGCAACUACAGCAGGUGCUCCGGAACUGGAGCACCCGGAUGGAA